GUCUAAUUAUAUCUUAGCACCCACUCUUCCUCGGUUGGGGUUGACCAAGGAGACCAAGGGCUAAUUGGGCUCAAUCAAAAUGGCGGUACCUGGCAAGGUGCCGGCAGGUUUUUCUUAUCCAAAAGCUCGAAGAGAUGAAACUGUUAUAGAUGAGUAUCAUGGUACAAAGAUUGCUGAUCCCUAUGUUUGGGUAGAGGAUCCGGACUCAGAAGAAACCAAAGCCUUUGUUGAAGAGCAAAAUGCCAUUACAAUGCCUUAUUUAGCGGACUGCGAAAUCCGAGAAAACUUCAAGACAAGGUCAGCAAUAGGCUUUUAACCUUACAAUUUGAAAGUUGAAUAUAAAGUUAUAUGCUUAGUUCUUUUAUUUUUAUCAAACUGGAAAUAACUGUCAGUUGAUGGUAUCGGGGCAGUCUGAAGUGCAGACUGCAUAAAAGUGUUUACGAUAUUUUCCGAAGCAUGCACAUGUCUGACAUCUGUUCGUAAACAAUACCCCAUUCAUUAAAGCAACUCCUUUUUGUUUCGUGAGCAAAAAGAUUUUGAUAGUAGACAUGUGGGAAAUGAAUCGCUGGAAGGUUAGAAUGCUUAUUUUAAACUCCCAAAGCUUUGCACGUGUAGAUUUAUGGAAGUGUAAUUAUCCACCAUCUCUCUCUCCCGUCCCUCCGCAAGGACCCAAGUGUUUUUUAGAGCAACAAAGUAGUUAACCCCUUCCCCCGCUUAAAUUUAACUCCCUUCCAAAGUAUGAUAAUCCAAAGAGGGGGGUGUAAGGGUUUACUCACGGUAGGAUUUUUAACUGGGUGACACUUAUCAAUACUUUUUCUAUCAAGAAAGAAAGCCUUAUUCUGUCUUAACUUUAAAGCGAGAGGGAAAAUAAUCCCAUUAGUUUGGAAGGAGAAACUCCCAUGAAUUAGGUGGGGCCAUCUAAUCCUUGCCUGAUUUCAGACCAAAAUAUAGAUCGUUUUCACUGUCACGCAACAAAAAAUUAAAUUGGAAACCGUCCAGUGGAAGAAGCCAAGGAAAUGAAAUGUUAUAAAAGACUAAUAUAUAAACAAUUUGUCCAAGUCUAAGGUCUUUGUGACCCACAGUUUCAGAGUUAUUUGAAGAAACGUUUCACGCACCUUUGUAGACCUUUGUAUGGAGACGCCAUAUUGGUGCACCAUUUUGGUGCAGCAAUAUGGGCGCCAGAAAUCAAUAAAAACAUCUGGAGUUCACUUUUUCUAAAAAGUUCUUUCUUUUCACUCGAGAACUGGCAUAUGUACGCAGAAACAUGUCUUCUAAUACUUGAAAUGGUUAUAUAAUUUGCUGAAAAUCAAGAGGAGAGACUUUUUUUCAACGAGACAGCAUUCCUAUUUUGGUGUCACGCACUGUGAAAACUCGGAAGUUCAAAUUGCUGUAUUUUCGAAAUGAAACAUGCAACGGAAAUGGAUACUUGUACAAAGAUUUACUUUUUGUUUAUCUUCAACCUAGUGUAAAUAAGAAUUCGUAAAAUGUCACCAUUUCAAAUGACUUUUCAAUUUGAUGACGUCACAGUGAAAUCCAUCUAUAUGAAUUUCGCUAUCCUAUUUCAUAUGUAACUAAACCAGUGUUCUCAAGGGAAAAAUUAAUGAUCUCAAAAUAUAAUAAAGAAAAUUAACUCCAGACCUUGUUUUAACAGAAUACAAAACUUUACCCUUUUUCAGGCUUAAACUCUAUUCCCAACUUAAAACCAAACUGGCCUGAAUAACAUUAUAAAAAGGAGUAUUCCUACCAAGGGUGAAAAUAAAUGUUUUAAGUCUUGGAAUUUUUAUUCCACCUGCAGACUAACUAAAAUGUGGGACUAUCCAAAGUAUGGCUGUCCAUUUAAACGUGGUUCAAAGUAUUUCUACUUCCACAACUCUGGGCUUCAAAACCAAAGGUAAAAUCUACUAUAUUAACCUUCUAUGGUAGUUUUUUUAGAAUAAUUAAUUCUGCAUUGUGACAUAGUGUCCAUAUAACUCAUUGGUCUUGAUCUGUGCAAAUAACUCCUGGAAAAUCUUAAAGUUGUGUGUUUUAAAAAGCAGAAAAUAUCACAAAUUUUGUUACGGUUAUGAUUAACAAGGUACAGACAUUUAUCUUUUCCAAUUAGGUCUUUUUAAUCAUAGUCAAGAUUAAAGAAAUCAGACUCCUGCUACUGCUUGUCUGAAUUUGUCAAUCACUCAUAUAUUAUAGACUGAUUUGUGCUCCAUGCAGACCUACUACCAUAAUAUAAUUAUGUUACCGUGUAUGAUAUUUACAUCAAAUUUAGCUUGAAUAAUAUCCUGACACUGACUUUCCUACUGAUUUUCCAAGUGUGAUGUAUGUUCAAGACUCAGUAGAUGGUGAGGCUGAGGUAUUUCUCGAUCCUAACAAGUUGUCUGAAGAUGGAACCAUAGCGCUUGUGGGGAGAUCAUUCUCUGAAGAUGGACAGCUUUUUGCCUACUCUCUUUCACACAAAGGAUCUGACUGGGUUACAAUUAAGGUACUGAUGUCAUGCUUUUGUUGUUAUAGGCUUUUAAGCCCUUUCAUGACAUAUUAACUAAGCUAGUAUUGAAAAAAACACAUUGUUUGAAAAAAUGCUUCUUUUUGAGCUAGUUUUCGGCCAAUUAUCUUGAAAAUCUAAAAAUAGUAAAACAAAAUUAGCAACACUGAGGGCAUAUAUGCAAUCAGUACUGCUGAGAGGUAAUAUUAUGUCACAUCCAGUUCAUGAUUUUUUCUGACUCCUUUGUCUUUUUAAUAAUUUCAGUUUAUGAAGGUGGAUGGUAAAGUGCAGUUGCCAGACUCCCUAGAAAAUGCAAAAUUCACCAGCAUGGCAUGGACACAUGACAAUAAGGGCUUGUUCUACAAUGUAAGUUUUUAGUUGUCCAGAGAACAUCAUUUUACCCUGUGAAGUGAGGGCCCUUCCACCGGCCCUGUAAGUGGCUAUAUCCUCUGACAUAACAAUGCUCUAUUUAGGAUGUAUUACUAAAAGUAAAAACUGAAGACUGGUUUCCAUUUACUAAAUGGUCUUAGUAAUAUCUGAAAGUAAUGUAUGUUAUACAUACCACUUUAUGUAGGGUCCGCAAUGUUAACAAUGGCCUGAAGAGUGAUGUUGAAAAUGUCCUGAGUAAUAAAUACAAGGUUGUCUGAGAAAGCUGGUAAAUUUGAAGUAGGGUUCUCAGGAUAAUGAAAAAAGUAGAUGGAAAAAAAUUGUAAUAAGUAGAUGGCCUUAAUUGAGGAAAGAAUUUAUUGUAAAGGAAAGGAGUGCCUUUUCCAGUGCACAGCAAUUUUGAGGGUAGAAGGGAACCACCCUUUGUGAAAUAAAUAUUUUACAGCUGCAUUUCAAUUUCAUAAGUUUUUUAUCUUAUCAAACAAAGCAUUGAGAAACAAAUAAAAAUGGAUUUUUACACUUUCAUGACAAUCACUAAGCAGUAAUUUGUGCCGGGCCCCAAGGCUUCUGGAGAACCUGUUUUAAGCUCAAUAACAAUAAAAUGGGAAAGAUAAGAUACUUAUUGAAUAAACUUUUAGAUAUUUAGUAUUAUUACAUAACAAUCUAUACUUUUAAUUACUACUGUAUCUUUGUAUAUUAAGAUUCUGUUUUUGACCUGAUAGAAAUAUCCCAGUAGUUCUAAAGCUGAUGGAACUGUCACUGAACUAAAUCUUAAUCAAAAGGUAAGUUUGAAAUAUGUUUGUCUUAUUUUGCAACAAAAGUGUAAUAUAUUUAAUGAAGUCAACCAGCCUGAAGUCUAGCUGUAAGAGGUUUGGUGAUGUUGGGCUUAAAAGUGCCAUUGGGAUAGAGUCAGAAUGAGAGGCCAUUGAAAAAUAACUUAUGCAAACAACUGCCUAAAACCAAAAAUGCAUUCUCAGUUGUUAUUUUUUUGUUACAUCCAUAACAGCUUUAUUACCAUGUUCUUGGAACCAGCCAGUCAGAAGAUGUUCUUUGUUGUGAGUUCCCGGAGCAUCCUAAGUGGUCUGUGUAAGUAAUAAUUACAGUAUGAAAUUACUGUUAUUUUUUUUGGAAAAUAUUUUGUCCAAUAAUAUUGCUCACAUGUAGCUCAGUAAUAUAACUACAUGUAUUAUCAUCAUCAUCAUCAUUUUAUUUCGUAUAGCAGGUUAUAUAAAAAAGGGCAACCAAAAGUUUAUGUGGACCUACUAUGUACAGCAUUACACCUGUACACAUAGAUGCACACAUGUUUUUAAGAUUAACCAAACUACUGGGGUCGAUAUUUCCAAUGUUCCUUUUCUUUAAAAACAGCAGUUUUUGCAUUCCACAGUAAUCAGCAGCGUAAAAGAGCUGUGGUACAGGUCUGACCAUUAUUCGUCAUUAUCUGAUUAACUAUUAUUUUGUGGAUGCCAGAACAAAGGCAGCACCUUCUCCUCAGUUGUUUUAAGACCCUGAGUGUUGGUCUGGCUGUGACUUUCCUCUUAGAAAGACCAGUGCUUAUAUAAUUGAGCUAACCAACGGGGCGGUUAGCUCUGUUGUCAGUUACUUUGUUUAGAGAAAACUACACCUUAACUUGGGUUAUGUUUGCUGUGUGCUGACUUCUCUGUGGUGUCUGUAUUCUUAGUAACUUUGUACUGACCUAAAUAUUUUGUAUUGAAGCCUGUCUAAUAAUUACCUAAACUUUUAGCACUUGCUUUCUUGUUUUUGUAGAGGUGCUGAAGUCAGUGAUUGUGGACGAUACGUGAUUUUAACUCCGCACGAAGGCUGUGCUCCAAUGAACAGACUUUUUUACUGUGAUCUGGAGAAGCAAAAAGAUGGAAUAACUGGUAAUAAUACAACAGACUAGAAAAGUUCAGAAUCAGCUUCUGUCCAAGUAAAAAAAUUCAAUGCUAGAAACUGCAAAAAUUAGUUCAAUGCUAUACAUUUACUCUUGGCUCUCCAACUUUUAAUUUUUGUAUUUUUUAAAUUUAUUAUUAUUUUUUUAUUUGUAUAUUUUUUCAAAUGAUUUAGCUUAUGCAUAGAGAGUUCAGGAAAUAAGGUGUUUGUGUAAUGGCAAACUGUAUAUUUUUGUUUAUUAUUGUUUUAGGUAAACUUCCUUACGUGAAAGUGGUGGACAAUUUUGAUGCUGAGUAUGAGGUAAUGUCAUAACAAUGAUGCAUUCCCUUGGAAUUAUGGUCAGUAGACCUCUUAUCUUGUAUGUUGUAAACUUUGUAUUAAAUUGUUUUAUCUCAUUUUGCUUUGUUUUUUUUUAUCUAGUACAUCACUAAUGAGGGGACCCUCUUCACUUUCAAGACAAACUUGAAAGCUCCAAGAUACAAAUUAAUCAAUAUUGACUUUUCAAAACCCGAAAUGGUAAGUACAGUAUGGUUGCAAAUGUCCUGCAAAAUGACGUUGUAGACGAUUUUUUGUAACAAGAUAUUUCAAUUUGUUGUCUGUGUAUUUUUUUUAACAAUAACAGUUGGAUAAAUGUCUCGUGAUCAGAAGAGAAAAUCUCCUUCGCUUACCGGUACUCACUUUUGAUACAAUUGAGAAAAGUGAAGGUGUUUGUUAACAAAAUCUCGCUUGUCAUUACUUUAUUAUCCAGGAACACUGGUCGACUCUUGUUGAAGAAGACGAGCAAGAUGUUUUAGAAUGGGCCUCUUGUGUCAAGCAGAAUUUGUUGGUUCUCUGUUAUCUUCAUGACGUCAAGGUCCGUAAUGUUUUUCUGGUGGUUUCUUGUUUCUACUGGUACUGAAUUAUUCUCUCCUAAGAAGGAAGUCAUAAAAAAAAACAGAGAUAAAGGCCGUGUUCACGCGUUUUCGUUUACAUUUGCAAAAGCAUACAAACUAAUCACAUAAGAAAAACAGCUCCCAAAAUAAUCUGUGACGGAAAAGUUUACGACAGCCGCCGUUAACUGUCUUUUUUUCCAGUACUUGCAAAUGUUUCAGUCAUAAGCGUGGAAAUUGGCUUUAUAUUUAAUUCAAGCUGCGAUAAGCGGAAGAAACAAAGUUUAAAAUACUCACGUUUUCUGUUGGUUGUUUGCGUAAAAAGGAGUAAAAACUAGCUUCCUCACUUUGACAACGGUAAACGGCAGCAAGCGUGAUAAAUGGCGGGAAAUGGUGGUCACGUGGGCGUCCUUGCUGUUCCCGCGCUUCUAGUUGGUAUGUGAACAGCUGUCUUCAUUCAAUAUAAUUGAAAAUGAAAUGCGACGUUGUUACUAAUUUACUCUGUUUUUUACUUUCCAGAGCGUUCUUUACCUUCACAAUUUGUCUGGAGAAAGGCUGAUGAGUUUCCCACUCGACAUUGGCAGCAUUGUUGGUUAUUCUGGGCGGAAAAGAGAUUCAGAGGUAACACAUGAACAACUUGAACAAACCAAACAUGUGGAACAUCAGUUGUUUUGUCCGCGGAAGCCCUUGAGGCUCUCAAGAACUCGUUUUACAUGUGUUCUUGUGUUCCAGAUCGAAUUAGAAUUUGAUAGAAUUGUUUGUUUUUGAGUUGAGAGGGAAAAGGCCGGAGUAUAGAGUGAAAUAAUUUCUCGUAGCAAGAAAGAGACUUCAGCCGACCAUUCGCGCCGUCUCAGAUAUGCAAACUUGGGCAACCCUGGCUCCCUUUAAAUAGGUAAAAUUUCAGGAGUUUUGCAAGGGGAUGCGAAAAAAUGAAACAAUGAUUAUAAGUGGUAAAACUCAGGGAGGAAUUCUGAGGCCCUGUGGCGCUGUAACCUUCAAAACGACGGCAACGGGAACUUAAAAACUAAAUAACAAUAUGUUUAAUGAGCUACACAUGUAAACUGUCACUCUGCACGUGCAUCACGCUUUUUGUUACAUUUCUUCCCCAUCACUGCAUAAUUGCCGCUACGUUCACUCAGCGUCGCAAGAAUUUUCGACCGGUUGAAACUUCGUGUGUUUAGUUUUUCCGUUCAAACGGAAUCACCUUAACAUUAAGAAAAUUUAGACGUCUAACUUUUCAGAGUUCCGUCUGAAUAGAGCGAAAAUAUUGAACGGUUCCGUGUGAACGAAGUAGUCAGUCAAAUUUUCAGCCGGUCGGCGAAAACUCAUCUUGUUAGGGACCUUAAACACGUCGCUAAAAAGUGAAUUUGCGUCUUUUCAAACUUUAUCGUGUCCAUUUGGACCCGCUCAAUAUGUCAAAUGCAGGCGACUUUUCCUGGAGUUGAAUUCUCAAGGAUUUUAUUGAGGUUCAAAAAGAGGAAGGAAAAUUUGUCGUUGUGGUCGUCGUCGUAGCCUGCAACGUGAAAUUAUCUUAUGUGACGUUUUGUGGACUCCGCGACGUAAACACAUGACGGCAAAUUUUUCUUUCUCUUUAUGAACUUCGACGUGGACACCAAGAAUGUAGUUCUAGGAAAACUCACCUAGAAUAAUCUCUAUCAAGUUUCAGAAAGAACGGGAAUACUUUUUUAAAAGUGACUAAGCUUCCUGAUAAUUGUUGGGCUCAACACUGCAUGCUUGACCCAACUUGGAACCUUGGGCCAUCGAAUUUUUAUUUUUGAAUAACAAAACUUACAGCUAACUGCUCUUUUUGCAGAUUUUUUACCAGUUAACUUCAUUCCUAACCCCCGGUGUUAUCCACCAUUGUGAUUUAACUGAAGACAACAUCCAACCCAAGGUUUGUGUCUUAAAUUGCCUUCAUUUCAGUUGCAAUAAAUGUCAUAUCUGCGUUUUUAUUGCUGAAGAAAACUGCAUUACAGUUCAGUGCAUAUAACUUACACCAACAAACAUUGUGUUUUAAGAACGAACUCUGUCCUUCUUCCAAUUAGUUGUAAAAAAACUAAUAAGAUAAGACCCCUCUAUGACAAGCCCUCCAGUGUAAAAAAUGACACUCUCUGCCAGGCGGUGGCGCUAAAUAACCAUGUUUUUGGAAAUGACAGGUUUUCCGCGAAAUUAAAGUGAGUGGAUUUGACGCCAGUAGUUAUCAGACCGUGCAAGUGUUUUAUCCAAGCAAAGAUGGAACCAAGAUUCCGAUGUUCAUUGUUCAUAAAAAGGUAAACCUGUGAUUUACUAGCCUCCCCGCAGACGUCCUUUGGGGUUCGUUUGUCACGCAUUCAUUUGAAUGCGUGACAAACGAACCCCAAAGGAAGUCUGCCGUGAGGCUAGUGAUUUACUUGCACACGUGAAAAUGUAAUGUUGCAUAAAGAUCUGGCCCUAGCGGUUGUUCAAACGUUGGCUAGCGCUAUCCACCGGAUAAAUCACUAUCCAACGGACAAGUAUUGGGGAAACCUAUAGCACUAUCCACUAGAUAGAGAUUUAUUCGGUGGAUAGCACUAUCUAGUCUUUGAACAACCGAGCCAUGGUUUAUCAAACCACGAUGUUACGAAAAGGGACAACAGGUAACCGGUAACAAGCCCAGGGAAGGGUUAAAUGAAAAAUAGGAACGAAAAGCUAGCUUAAAUCCCUACUAGCACUAUCAGUAACUUCGUUACCUAUUCCCUGUUUUGUUUCCAUUUUUCAUAUUUUUCCGUUUCCCGUUUUAGUGACGAUGUCUUGGUUUGUUAUAUAGGAGCUUGAGCAGCGACAAUACAUACGAUUAUCUUUGGUUGGAGUGGCUCCACCCACCUAGUCGAUCUGCUUACUCUAUAAACACCUGAUUGCCUUUUCCAGCGAGCUUAAUAGCUGAUCUGGGGUGACUUCCCCAGAACUUAAUGCUCAUAAGCAAUCGAAAAAUGGAUAAUGAACUCUUUUAAUGAAUGAUGUAUAACGAUGUGCUUUUGAGACAAGUGCUUGUGUUUAAUACUUUUAAAUUCUAGAUUAAAGCAAGUCUCAACUAGUGUAGUUAAUUAACUGCGUUUGUUAAUCAGGAUAUCGUGUUAGACGGCAGCCACCCUUUGUUCUUGUAUGGUUACGGAGGAUUCAACAUUUCUAUUACUCCAGCCUUCAGUGUUUCACGAAUCGUAUUCAUGCAACAUCUCGGAGGGAUAAUUGCUGUUCCUAACCUAAGGGGUGGAGGGUAAGUAUAGCUUAGCUGUACUUUAGAAUUGCUUUAACAAGGGCAAGGAAAAGUAUGUUUGCAUUUUCCCCACCCCACUGCCUCCCCCCCUCCCCCCGGCAGUAAAAUGAUAAGAUUUGCUAAAAAAUGGUGUUAAACUCGUCCGCUUCUAAACUCGAAAGGGGAUUAGCACAACCGGUUAGUGCGCCGUCUUUUGUGCAGUGGAUUCCGAGUUCCGGCGAUUCCCAGUCGUGACCUCACAUGCUUGUUACCCGUAAAACAGAGCACUGAUGGAAAGAGGAAGGGAAGGGGGAAAAAUGAGCGCACCGUCGGCCUCGGGUUUGUUAGUCUAAUGAGUACUGCUUAUUAUACGAGUUACCGACAUAUGAUAAGGAACUUCACCUUUUGCCUUUUUGCGUCCGUAAAAAGGAAUUGAGUACCCAAUUUUUCGCGGGAAAAGAGAGAGACUGUGUCUGACAGAAACCUGCACUAUGCCUCUCAUUUGUCAUUUCAUCAAUUAGUUUUGGAUAUCGGCAAGGUUAAGUUUGGUAGAAAUUCAAAACGGCGUCUGAACUUGUAAACCAUAAUUUUUGACCACAACGUUUUGAAAAUAUAUUAAAGAAGUUGCCUUGAUGUUCAUGGUCCCUUAGUUUCCUGUGCAGUAGUUGUUAUGCAUCAUAAUAUUUACACGAUGUCUGUUUCGUCUACAUAAAAGACGUUUUCACGAAAAUAGUUUUUGUUUUGUUAUCUCCAUGCAGGGAAUACGGAGAAACAUGGCAUCAAGCGGGAUGCUUUGGGAACAAGCAGAAUGUUUUUGAUGACUUUCAGCACGCAGCGAUUUACCUAGCACAGCAAAAAUACACUUCGGCAGACAAGUACGUGUUUACUAUUGCUUUUCUUGAUAUCCUCGGAGUUUGGAUGAGUUGUUAUGGUAUCUUUACUAUUUGUCUCGUUCCAAUGCUACAUUAUGGCGCCAAAAGCAUAGAACGCAGGGCUUUCUGGGAAGGACAAAACCUACUUGCCGAGUGUUGUGCAUUCAUUUUACGACACCCCGUCCUCAUAGUUAAAGCAAAGAUUAACGUCCAGGGGUGACGCAAUAUCUUUUUUGCGAUUGUUGUUAAUCGAUCAGCUGACCGGAGGAGAACCUUCUUGCGGUCAUGAUUAUGGAUGCACGCAGUCAUCAAACUAUGAUCUCGUAGGAGUGCGAAAAGAAAGAGUAAUGACCUGUUUACAAAGAAGGGAGGGUUACCCUAGCACUCGCAUAUUUCUUCUUUUUUACGCAACUUUUAUAAGACAGAUAGGGUUACCCUGAAGCUAGGGUAACCCUACCUGAGUGCUAGGGUUACCCUAGCAAGAGGGUUACCCUAACUACCUUGUAAACGCUCUGCUAGGGAUAACUCGCCUAUACCCGGGACAACUUUGACUGUUUACCAUGAUCAGAAAUCUUGAAAAUUUGAACGGAGUUAUCCAACUUUUCGAGCUAAAUUUUAAACAUCUGAACAAUGAAAGAGUUUUCUUUAUACGAUGAUAACAUCUGUCCGUUUUCCCGUGAAUUAAACGUGUUUAACGCGCAGAUCUUUAAGAUUUCGUUUAAUUCUUGGGCGUUACAGAGGAUGUGUAUUUUAUUCUUACGGGGUGACGCACAACGAAACACGUCAGUCAAGCUUGUAAAGUUGACCCGUUUGAAAGGGAACCCCGCUUGGGAAAUUUUGCUCGUAAACCAAAGAUAUCUUUAACCCUCUUGGCCUACCACCAGGGUUCCCCUUCCUGCUUUUAAACAAGUCCUAAGAUUAGGAACACAAUUUUUUCACGCGCACUUCUUGCACUUUUGGCUCUUCGGUCUCGCAAGUCUCGCGCGCUUCCUUCCCAGAAAUCCUUUGCACCUUAAUAAUAGGAGCAGCGAAAGGAAACGCCUGCCAGGCGGUCGUAAUGAUGAAACCAUUUCGGUAGCAAUAUCAGUGCAAGUUAAAUGACUUCACGUCCUCUUGUCUGUCUAACGACAGGAUAACCAUCUGUGGUGGUUCUAAUGGUGGACUUUUGGUGGGUGCUUGUAUCAACCAGAGACCGGAGCUGUUUGGAUGUGCUGUCUCGCAAGUACCGUAAGUCACACUUCAAUUUUAUCCCUUUAGCAUAGACAGUAUUAGAGAAUUGAAAUGUUUGUAAUAGGCGAGCUCAUUUGUCAGCUUUUGAACUCUUUUAAAUUUAGGACAACUUACAAUCUAUAUUAGAAUGACUUUCGUCGUAAUUUAUAUGAGUUAAGAGCGCUCUAACGCCAUACAUUUUCACUGAUAUUGUUAUUGCUUGGGAAUUCUCUGAGACUAGUUUGCGUUCUCUCGAUUUUGUACUCGACUAGUCCAAAGUUUUUGCUUGUCAAGUUUGCACAUUUUUAGGCAAUACUGUAAAAUUCCGAAAAUACGCCCCGGGGCUUGUAUUUUUCAAAGGCUCUUUUUGAGGGGCUUAUUUUUGGAGGGGCUUAUCUACGGAGGGAAAUUUGAGUUUCAAAAUCGAUUGAGCUAGCUUUAUAGUUGGAAAUAAAUUUACCAUUUUUGCUUUGUUUUACUUCGUAUUUGAGGGCAAUUUUCCAACUACAAGCCCCCGGGGGGGCUUGUAUUUGGAGGGGCGAUUUCACGGAGGGUUUUUUGCGUUACCGGUUUGGGGAGGCUUAUAUUUGGAGGGGCUCAUUUUCGGAAUUUUACGGUAGUUUAUUUGCACGAUGACGUCAUCAGUGUACAACUACCAGAAUCUUUCAGUUCGAUGUUUUCUUGUGGAAAUUAGGGUUAUUGUUUCAUAAAUCUCGGUUCAUAAUUCUCACUUCUUGUACUUGAGCUUAUCCACUUUGCAUUCUAGUUCUUUAUAGCCUCCCACGCAGGCGUUUUUAGAAGAGCUCGUAUUUCUUCCCUCUCCUCUUCCCUCCUCCCUUUGGAGGGAAGAAAUACGAGCUCCCCUAAAAAUGCCCGCGUGGGAGGCUAAGUUCUUUAUGGAGAUCUGAUACCACCAUCUUCGCUAAAUUAAACAAGCCCCUCCCCCCUCUCAAAUAAGUCCCCCGUCUCUAUUACUGAAGCCCCCUCAAACGCGUUUGAAAUUAAUAAGCCCCCCAUGCAGGGGUUUACGGUAUUUCCACUUUGUUGAUAAUAAAUUAAUGCCGUCCACGUAUUUAUACGUGCGGCACUUUCUGUAACCAUUUCCCGAAUUCGUCAAUACUAGGACGCAUGUUUUAGCCAGUUCUUUGAACUCUACUAGUGUCCUCUACGGAACUGAAAACAUGCUUAUAAUUCUUUGAAUUCUAUCAUUACUUUUGCAGAGUCAUGGACAUGCUGAAGUUUCAUAAGUUUACCAUCGGCCAUGCCUGGUAAGUAAGCAUUGGAGAACAUUGAUAUAAAGAAACAUUUAUGAUAUUGCUUCCAAUUUGAGUCAUUGAAAACGUGUCCUCUUUGUUUGCAAAGGACGACUGAUUAUGGUAGUCCCGACAAGAAGGAAGACUUUGAAUGGCUGAUCAAGUGAGUUGCUUUCUUUCCUUACAGAAAUUAAACAUUAUUUUCCCUCUGCUUUCGUGAAGUUCCUCCUCAACUUAAAAAGGUUUUUGAUUUAUUUCUGAGAGACGUUUUCUAUUGCUGCUAGACUGGUUCUCCUGUUCUCAGCCGCUAAUAGUGAGCGGAGAGAGAUUCUUGGCAACGAACGAAAGAAAAACGUGAACUUUAAUAUUAUAAAAUGAAAGAACCCUUAUUGUGAAGGUUUCAUGUUAACGUAAAGGUUCAUUGGAAGGGUAGCUUUUCCUAAGGUGACUUGUGCUCUUUUAAAAUUGUUCCCAAGUUUGCAUUCGAUCCACCGAGUGAUAGGUACGAGGUACUGAGAAAAUCAAUCUGGACAGAAAAAACUGUUUAUUCCCUAUAAUAAUCAUUUGUCGUUUAUCGAACCAUUGAUUUGCUGGUUGAAGUAUUAAUUGUGAGAUUAACUGAUUGAUUUUUAGAUAUUCCCCUUUACACAAUAUUAAGAUUCCCGACAACGGAGCACAAUAUCCAGCGCUGCUGCUGUUAACCGCUGACCAUGAUGAUCGAGUUGUUCCACUCCAUUCUCUGAAGUACAUUGCAGAGUUGCAUCAUCGUAUUGGCGGUUACGAAAAACAGGUACCGUAAAUCCUCUAUUAACCCCACCUCUCAAAUAAGCCCCCCUCUCUAAUAAGCCCAUGCUUUUCAGGGGAAGAAUAAGCCCCCCGGGGGGCUAAUACAUAACAGCAUUUACGGUAACAAUAUUUUUUUCUUGCAUUUUUUUCUCUAAAGAGGAAACUUUUCUUUUUAAUAACAACUCGACCCUCGGAUGUAUCUUUCUUUGCAGACAAACCCGUUGCUUAUAAGAGUGGACACAAAAGCCGGUCACGGAUUUGGAAAGCCUACCGCCAAAAUUGUAAGUCUGAUUAGUUUGCUCGGGUUCCCAACAAGUUUUCGGGCGCUGGAAUUUACCUUAUUUGAAAGCCAGUAUUCGGGAUUUUAA